CCCAUCUUGAUCUUGCAUCAGCUGGCAAAUAAUUAAUACCAACUCAACAACGUCUCAUAUUUUCUUACAAGCUUUAAUGGCUAAGAGGCGCGAUGGCUAUGAAUAAAAAGAGGAAGCUAAAUAUAUCAGAACCUCCACCAGCCAUGAGCGCCUUUGCUCUUCGCAAAAGACUUCUAAACCAGCAAACUGCCACUACAUCACCGAACGUGGACGCAGCUGAUGAGACUAUAUUAGUCCCCAAAGUCCCAUCAACAUUAGAUACUUCGGGGACUAGCAAGACUCGAAGUCCAAAGAAGACAAGGAAGACCCUAAACGUUCAUUCACUGCCGAGUGUUGAUAACGAACCCAGUAUCGGACUGAAGGGCACAUUACCUGGAAAUUUAUCUCUCUCAACAGAUAAUACCGUUCUCCCUAGCUCUCUCAUUGUUCCAUCUAGAAGUCCCUCGCCUUCUAUAGCUGAUGAUGAGAUACUGGUGAAGCCGACCAAUGCAUUGCCAGUCCAGCUCUCUAAAUUUAAGCCAUCCAAAAGCAACUACCAAAAACGAAAAGAUGGGAGGAUACUGUUAAAGCUAUCUGAUGGAGAGCGCUUGGUGAUUCUCGGCAGCUAUGGCAUACGCGUGAAAUCUGGAGAGAUAACCCUCAAUGGUGCGAUGCUGAGGAUGUCAGACAGGGUGCAUUGGGUGAAUGCGCCACAUUGUCACGCGCUCCCUGUCCUUAGAUGCUCAGAUGAUGCUAGCCUAGAACUGCUCCCUCAUCCAAUCGCCACCAGUCUGAGAAGUUUAGGGAAGCUCGCUCCUCAGUUCAGGAAGCUUUGGAAUGAAUCUAAUCUAUCGUCAAACAACACCAUUUCAUCCAACCCAACAUUUGUAAUAUUAUAUACUUCAGCAGAUGGCCCAAAGAAAACAAUGCUGCAAGAUUUAGUAUCCCCACCAGAGUGGAAUAGGGAGAUUGCUAAAUUAGUCGAUAUUUCAAGCUCGAAACCCAGCUCAUUUAUGAUCACGGGGCCGAAAUCUUCUGGGAAAUCCACAUUUGGCAAGUUACUUGCGAACCGACUCAUCACGGAUCAGUCAAGUAGCUCCAAACGCAGAGUCCACCGCGGGGUGGCUGUGCUUGACCUUGACCCAGGACAACCUGAAUACUGCGUCGCCGGCCAAGUUGCUCUUGUAUUCCUAACUGAGCCUGUGUUUAGUCCCUCGUUCUGUCGCCCUCUUCCCUGUCCAGAGUUACAGAUCGUUCGGUCUCAUGCGCUAGCAUCCAUAUCUCCAGCUUCCGAUCCUGAGUUGUAUCUAGAGGCUGCAAUGGAUCUCAUGACGCACUAUCGGAAUGCUCUAGGGCGUUACCCCCUUAUCAUAAACACCCCGGGAUGGAUCCAAGGGACAGGGCUUGACCUUCUUACAUCCCUCAUCACUAGUUCACGGCCUACCGAAGUGCUAUAUAUGUCCGAGUCCGGUCCAGCUGAAGUAGUAGAGGCGCUGCAGGAAUCGUGCAGGACUACUACCUUUUCUACACUCCCUUCCCAGGCCUCUCAGCUUGCCUCGAGAACGGCAGCACAUCUCCGUUCAAUGCAGACUAUGUCAUACUUCCAUGCAGAACCACAAAGCUCUGCUAUUGAUGGUCAUUGGGUUCGGUGGAAUAACAAGCCACUGACAACUGUACCUCCUUGGCAAGUCAGCUAUAAAGGUCCUGGGCGGGGGAUAUUCGGGAUCAUGUGUUAUGAUUACCAAACACCCAUGGAUUUAUUAGCCGAUGCGGUUAAUGGCACCAUUCUCGCGAUUGUAGGUGUCGAAAACGUCCAAGCGUUUAGACGCCCUGAUGACCACGCUGUGUUACCCAGCGAUACGACUUCUGAUACGAUGGAUAUAGAUAGGGUUGAUGAGGGACCCCGGAAAUCCAUGUCCUCGUCUUUUUCGACAUUAGCUAGAGAUGUUAUUGUUAUGACACCCGAAGGCAUUCCAUUCAUCGACACGAUGAACGGAAUUACUCUUAACCCUAAACUUUCCUAUUCUCUUGGUUUAGCCCUUGUUCGUGGCAUCGACGUCAAGAAUGGUGUGCUCCAACUUUUGACACCUUUACGACUGGAGAAAAUAGACGAAAUUACUUCGAGAGGGGGGGAAAUCGUACUCAUUAGUGGCAAGUUUGAUACGCCGAGCUGGGCUUAUACCGAAGAGCUAUAUUAUCGGGCUCAUGAAGAGGCAGACGACGGAGCAGAUGCGGAUGAGACAAUUGACACCGGUGAUGAUACUAGAGAUAUCUCCGAGGCUGAAAAUGAUGAUUUGGCAGGGCCCACAGAUACGACACCAGUGCCGUGGGUAGAGGUGCUACAUGGAAACCAGAAACGUGGCAUCGGCUCAAAAGUGUGGAGAGUGAGGCGUGACCUAGGUCGCGUUGGUAACGCUACUAACUAAGAUAUUGAGUUCUAACACCUCCAAAGUUCCCAUGGCAUACGGGCCGUAUUCAAGAAAUAACGAUUGAUGCUGGCUCUCCUCAAUUGAACUAUUACAGGUCUGCCAUUGUUGGUUCCGGAUUGAAGCUCAGCGCUGCACGGCAUCGUCGCAAGCAUGCGGUGGCGUUUACUAUUGACGAAU